AUAAGAGGUGAUCGUUGGUCUUUUGAUUAAUCAGCUUUUCUCUGUUAAACCACAGAAGAAUAAAAUAUUGUGUUUAAAAAACAAUAAUUAAAAAUGCCUUGUCUUCCUCCCCUCCUCUAGAUGUCUCUAUGGUGCUUGAAAUAUUUCACAACGCCUCUCCUUAAACACUUCUCGUUGUUAGUAAAUAGUGGGACAUGAAGAUACACUUGGAGCGCCACGGCUAUCCUUGCAUUUGUUACUUAUUCUUCCUGGAGUGCUAACCAACGGCUCCUACCUGAGAUACACCUGGACACCUCUUGUGUGACCAAUCGUGGCGUACUGCGCAUGCUCGAGCCUCCAAAGGGACAAUACUGUCAUGGCGGAGGCAGGCUGCAACAGAGAGUGAACCAGGAAGAGAUGGAGCUGAAGACGGGAUAAUACCACAAUUUAAACAAGUCUGACUGAAAACGCCGAGCAUUCCGUAGUUGCUUAUCCUCUGGCAGCUCUGCCGGAGCAGCAGGAGGACCUGUGGCCGCUGGGUUUCGUAGAUAUUCAGACUAUACCCUGCUGAUCUAAAGAAAGGGGGGAAAGUAAUUUUCUUGGUCAAAUCUGGUCACAAAAUAUAUGGAGCAAACUUCCUAUCAACUGGUUUUGUGCUGAUAUGCAAAAUACAUCGAAUUGACAGACAAAUCGAGAGACCGGGUUCAAGUGCUGUAUGGUACCAUUAAAAAAAAAAAAAAAAAAAAAAAACUCACAGGAUAUUAUAACAAGUUCGUUUUUUUAAACUGUCGGGUCUGCCUCUUAAGUUUCACCUGCUGAUGAAAGCAACGACUAGGGUGACCGAAACGGAAUUUAAAUUUCACUGGCUUGACAACUACUGCGCAGACACGACUGCUGCUACCUGCAUCCUUGAAAAAAAGACCAUUAUAAUUACGGUACUUAGAUUCAAUUUCGUGUUGAAUGCGGGGGUAAAGAAAACGCCAUUUGCAUGCGUUUGUUGCCUCAAUAUUAUAGGGAGAAAUACAAACAUUUUAGAUUUGUACUUUUCUCUUCCACGCCCUAGAUUGUAAAACCGGUAUCUCACCUGUAGUCUCCACUUAAUUCGUUUGCAAUGGCCAGUGAGGAGAAACCAGUUCCUCCUGGACUGCAGGCAAGUGAUGCGGGUGGUAAGGACGAAGGAACUGCUCCCCUUUCCUUGAACCCCGGAGUUCCGAUUCGGGGGAUAAAGAUGAAAUUUGCAGUACUGGCCGGUCUGGUGGAAGUUGGGGAAGUCUCGAACAGGGACAUCGUGGAGACUGUCUUGAAUCUGCUUGUAGGUGGCCAGUUUGAUCUGGAAAUGAAUUUCAUCAUUCAAGAGGUGGAAAGUAUUUCCUGUAUGGUGGAGCUGAUGGACAAAUGUGACAAGACUUGCCAGGCAGAAGUCUGGAGCAUCUUCGGAGCCAUUCUCAAGAAGAGCAUUCGUAACCUGCAAGCCUGCACCGAGAUGGGGCUCAUCGAACAGGUCCUCAAGAGGAUCGAUAAAGCUGACAGUAUGAUAGCAGAUCUGCUGGUAGAUAUGCUGGGUGUCUUGGCCAGCUACAGUAUAACUGUCCGUGAACUUAAGCUGUUCUUCAGCAAACUCCAAGGAGAAAAAGGGCAAUGGCCUCCACAUGCUGUGAAGUUGCUCUCGGUUUUAAAACACAUGCCACAGAAAAACGGUCCCGAUUCAUUUUUCAGCUUUCCUGGAAAGAGUGCUGCGGCGAUAGCUCUGCCUCCCAUUGCAAAGUGGCCCUACCAAAAUGGCUUCACCUUUCAUACCUGGCUACGAAUGGACCCCAUCAACAACAUCAAUGUUGAUAAGGAUAAACCUUACUUGUACUGUUUCCGAACAAGUAAAGGACAGGGGUACUCUGCACAUUUUGUUGGAGGCUGUUUGAUUGUAACCUCAGUAAAAUCCAAAGGGAAAGGAUUCCAACACUGUGUGAAGUAUGACUUCAAACCACAGAAGUGGUACAUGGUAACAAUUGUACAUAUCUACAAUCGCUGGAAGAACAGUGAGAUAAGUUGCUACGUGAACGGGGAACUUGCAUCAUAUGGGGAAAUCACCUGGUUGGUCAACACCAGUGAUACUUUUGACAAAUGUUUCUUGGGGUCCUCGGAGACGGCUGAUGCCAACCGUGUUUUCUGUGGUCAGAUGGGGGCUGUCUACCUCUUCAGCGAAGCAGUCAGUGCUGCUCAGAUUCUAGCUAUUUAUCAGCUGGGUCCAGGCUACAAGGGUACUUUCAAAUACAAGGCAGAGAGUGACCUUCUCUUUGCUGAACAUCACAAGCUGCUGUUGUAUGAGGGGAAGCUGUCCAGCUGUAUUGCAUUCAUGUACAAUCCAAGAGCUACAGAUGCCCAGCUAUGCCUUGAGUCUUCACCCAAGGACAACCUUUCCAUCUUUAUACACUCACCUCAUGCCCUCAUGCUGCAGGAUGUGAAGGCUGUUGUAACACACUCGGUUCAGAGUGCGAUCCAUUCCAUUGGAGGAGUGCAGGUGCUUUUCCCCCUGUUUGCACAGCUGGACUAUCUGCAGCACUGCUCUGACCAAGUGGACACCACCGUCUGUUCCACUCUGCUAGCAUUUGUCAUGGAGCUGCUGAAGAAUUCUGUCGCUAUGCAAGAGCAAGUCCUUGCCUGCAAGGGCUUUCUUGUGAUUGGGUACAGUCUGGAGAAGUCUUCCAAAGUUCAUGUCACCCGGGCUGUGCUGGAAUCAUUCCUGGCCUUUGCCAGGUACUUGAGUAACCUGCAGAACGGAGUGCUUUUGCUCAAGCAGCUUUGCGACCACAUUCUCUUCAAUCCGGCCAUCUGGAUCCAUGCCCCAGCCAAGGUGCAGCUGCAACUGUACACCUACCUGUCAACUGAGUUCAUCAGCACUGUGACUAUCUACAAUGCAGUCCGUAGAGUUGGGACUGUGCUGCAAGUAAUGCACACACUGAAAUACUUUUACUGGGUGGUGAAUCCUCUGGAUCGCAGUGGAGUUACUCCGAAAGGCUUGGAUGGGCCGAGACCUAACCAGAAAGAAACCAAUUCCCUCCGAGCGUUUCUGUUACUCUUUGUAAAACAGUUAAUAAUGAAGGAUUACGGUGUGAAGGAAGAUGAGCUGCAGAGUAUUCUGAACUACCUACUUACGAUUCAUGAGGAUGACAACUUAAUGGAUGUCCUGCAGCUGCUGGUUGCGUUGAUGUCUGAACAUCCGGGCUCCAUGGUCCCGGCCUUUGAUCAUCGCAAUGGAAUACGAGUCAUCUAUAAGCUUCUUGCAUCAAAAGGUGAAGGGAUUCGAGUACAAGCCUUGAAAGUGUUGGGUUACUUUUUAAAGCAUUUAGGGGCCAAGAGGAAGGUGGAAGUCAUGCUUGGGUAUGGGUUGUUUUCACUGCUGUCUGAGCGGCUGAUGCUCCAUACCAAUAAAUUCACAAUGACUACGUAUAAUGUCCUGUUUGAGAUCCUCACAGAACAGAUUUGUACCCAGGUUAUACACAAACAACAUCCUGACCCUGACUCCACGGUAAAGAUACAAAACCCACAAAUCCUCAAGGUGAUAGCGGCCCUGCUGAAGAAUUCCCCCCAGUGCCCAGAAAGCAUGGAUGUCCGCAGAGUCUUCUUGUCAGACAUGAUCAAACUUUUCAAUAACAGCCGGGAUAACCGGAGGAGUUUACUGCAGUGUUCAGUGUGGCAGGAAUGGAUGCUCUCUCUGUGCUACAUCAACCCCAAGAACUCAGAAGAGCAGAAGAUUACAGAAAUGGUCUAUGCCAUCUUCCGAAUCCUGCUCUACCAUGCAGUUAAAUAUGAAUGGGGAGGCUGGCGCGUCUGGGUGGAUACUCUUUCCAUCACCCACGCCAAGGUUACUUUUGAACAACACAAAGAGAACCUUGCUCAGAUGUUCAGAGAGUACCAAAGACAAGGGAGUGAAGCUUCUGCUCUAGGAAAUGUAGGCCUCAUCAGAACUAUCUCUGGUGUCAGCAGCGAUGCAGAAGCUGUGAACAUAGCAGAUUCUUCUAAAACAGUUCAGGGCCAGAAUGUGGAAGUGGUGCCUUCCCCAGAGACUGAGCUUAAGGCUAAAGACAAAGAACAUGCUACUUUGACCCCUAAACCAAAAACAGAGGAAGAGAAAAUGGAAGAGCCAGUAGUUGCUGGUGCAUCUGCUUUAGUGACUGAUUCAUAUCCAGCUGCAGAAGAGGUUUCCACAGAGCAAGUGGAAUGUGACAAGCCAAUUGAGGAACCCACACUGGAAGAAUCUAUAAAGGAUCCCAAGGACCUGGUGGAGCUUACACUGAAAGACAACCCUGUGGAUGAAACCAGCUCAGCAGAGGCCUUCCUGGAGCUGGUUACAUCAGAGGCUUCUAAGAAACUGGAGGACUUAAUUGCUGGAACAGACAACUUAGAACAGAAAGAAGAAAGCAGUGAUGUGGCUUCUGCAAAUGAGCAAAUCAAGGCUGAUAAUGAAAAUCAAGAAGACUCUUCACCAGUAGCGGAGAAGGUGGAGAUCACAACAGGGGAAGAAGAUGACAGGUCUCAACCCAAAGAUGAGGAAAAGCCUGAAGACGCAUUGAUUCAACCAGAACCUGUGUCUGAUGCCUCUGGGUCUGAACUGCAUGAAAGUGUGGAGAAGGUACAUACAGAGGCAGAAGUGAAUAAUCAGUCCAUUAAGGAGGUGGAAGACAAGAGCUGUGAUGCAACAAAAGCUAAUGGUGGCAAUAAUGCAAAUCAUGGUCUUGCUGAGAGCUGCACCUCCAACGUCCCUACAGCCUCUACUACCACCAGGACCAAGGAGAUCAAGAUAGCGAGACUAGAUGUUUCAAGUGUGGCAUCUGACACUGAAAGACUGGAGCUGAAAGCAAGCACAAGCCAAGAGCCAACUUCACCAUCAGAGUCUGGUCAAGGACAACAAGAAGCCUCUGGUUCUAGUGGACAGGGGAGAGACUCUUCGGCAAGGUCCACAAUGUUUCGCAUCCCUGAAUUCAGGUGGUCUCACAUGCACCAGCGCUUGCUCACCGAUCUGCUGUUCUCCAUUGAGACUGAUGUACAAAUGUGGAGAAGUCAUUCCACAAAGACGGUGGUGGAUUUUGUUAACAGCAGCGAAAAUGUCAUCUUCGUGCACAACACUGUUCAUCUGAUCUCCCAAGUGGUAGACAGCAUCAUCAUGGCUUGCGGUGGGAUCUUGCCUCUAUUGUCAGCAGCCACCUCUGCUACACAUGAAUUAGAGAACAUCGAGACAACUCAGGGUCUUUCCAUUGAGGCUUCUGUAACCUUCCUCCAGAGAUUGAUUAGCCUUGUAGAUGUGCUGAUUUUUGCUAGCUCGCUUAGCUUCAUCGAGAUUGAGGCGGAAAAGAACAUCUCAUCAGGAGGGAUUCUGAGACAGUGCCUCAGAUUGGUGUGCGCAAUGGCUGUAAGAAACUGUUUGGAAUGCCAGCAGCUCACCCAUUUCAAGCCUGGUGUGGAAAAUGCCAGGGGACAAAAAGCUAUGCAAAGCUUAAUGGGAACAGGAAAAUCUGCCCCAGCACAGAGCCCAGUGGAUGUUGUCACAGGUGGUAUUUCACCUAUAAGAGAUCUUGAUCGGUUGCUACAAGACAUGGAUAUUAACCGUCUACGUGCCGUGGUCUUCAGAGAUAUUGAGGACAGCAAGCAGGCCCAGUUUCUAGCCUUGGCUGUAGUGUACUUCGUUUCAGUGCUCAUGGUAUCGAAGUACAGGGACAUCCUGGAACCUCAGAAUGAAAGGAAGCCUCCACAACGCAGCCAAUCAGUGAAGAGCACCAAAAGCGGGAGCGAUGUGGCCGCAGCUAUAGAGCUGGAUAAGGGUGCUGGUGGGGAUAAUGCCCAUGCUGCUGCUGAUUUUGAGAAUGGCACUUCUUUACGGAGGAGGGAUUCUGGCAUUGGAGAGGAGCAGGCCUCCAUCGCUGCCAGCGAAGUGGAAGCUGGGGCAGGGGCCAGGACAGAGGCUGUCAUCACUGGGCCCGAUGCCGUCAGUGAGGUGCUGUCCACCCUCUCCUCUGAGGUGAAGAAAACCCAGGAUUCCCUAGAGCAGGAGAACAAGAUGUCCUCUUCAGCGGCUGCUGCCAAUCAGGGCAAGAACGUGAAGGACAUACUUCGCAGUCUGGUCAGCACGCCAGCUGAAGAAAUGGUAGUCGACCCAGCCCUCAUUCCUGCAGCAUUCUUAGGAGCUAUAGGAGAUGGUGCAACAGAUAAAUCUGUACAGUUCAGAUCGUUUGACAGGAGUGUUGUGGUAGCUCCCAAGAAGGCAGGCAGCGCUCCAUCUUUGGCUGCUAGUACAGUAACUGCUGCCACACCAGUCCCUGCUACUGCUGCCACUGCCACCCCAGUUAAUAAUGUCAGCGUGGUCUCCACAUCGGACCCUCCCCAGAGCACAGCAACAGAGCCCGCUGCUGGAAGUGGAUCUGCAAGUGCAAAUCUACCAUCUGUUCCCAGUGUGUCCCCAAUGACACAAGAUUCUGCUUCAAAUAUGAGCAUUUCUGAAAGGCUUGAACAUGCCCUUGAAAAGGCUGCCCCUCUCCUGAGGGAGAUCUUCAUGGAUUUUGCUCCCUUCCUUUCCCGUACCCUUCUGGGCAGCCAUGGGCAGGAGCUGCUCAUAGAAGGUACAAGUUUGGUCUGCAUGAAGUCCAGCAGCUCGGUUGUGGAGCUGGUCAUGCUGCUGUGUUCUCAGGAAUGGCAGAACUCUAUCCAGAAGAACGCCGGGUUGGCCUUUAUUGAACUCGUCAACGAGGGGAGGUUGCUGAGCCACACUAUGAAAGAUCACCUGGUGAGGGUUGGAAACGAGGCAGAGUUCAUACUCAGCAGACAGAGGGCAGAGGAUAUCCACAAGCAUGCCGAGUUUGAGUCUCAGAGUGCCCAGUAUUCAGCAGAAAAACGAGAUGAAGAGAAGAUGUGUGAUCAUUUGAUACGAGCAGCCAAAUAUCGGGACCACGUGACGGCAACUCAGCUGAUCCAGAAAAUCAUCCACAUCCUCACGGACAAGCAUGGAGCCUGGGGGAGCUCUGCUCCAAGUCGUCCUCGUGAGUUCUGGCGCCUCGACUACUGGGAAGAUGACUUGCGCCGCCGGCAACGCUUUGUACGCAACCCCUUUGGAUCCACACAUCCUGAAGCCACACUCAAAGCAGCAGUAGAACACGCUACCGAGGAAGAUGUCCUGGUGAAAGGGAAGCAGCAGUCGAUCAGAAGUCAAGCUUUGGGGAAUCAAAGUUCAGAAAACGAGAUACUUCUGGACGGGGACGAUGACGCCCUGUCAUCCUUGGAGGAUAAAGAAUUGGAAAACUUAACCGGUCCGGUAAGCCUGAGCACUGGAGCCCAGCUGGUUGCUCCAGCUGUAGUGGUUAAAGGGACCUUGUCCAUCACGGCUUCUGAACUCUACUUCGAAGUAGAUGAAGAAGAGCCCAGCUUUAAGAAAAUCGAUCCAAAGAUUCUCGCCUACACUGAAGGACUCCAUGGAAAAUGGCUCUUCACAGAGAUUCGGGCCAUCUUCUCAAGGCGCUAUUUGCUACAAAACACUGCGCUGGAAAUAUUCAUGGCAAACAGAACUGCUGUCAUGCUCAACUUUCCAGACCAGGCUACGGUAAAGAAAGUUGUUAACUGCCUACCGCGUGUUGGGGUUGGAACGAAUUUUGGUUUACCACAGACCAGGCGUAUCAGUUUGGCUAGCCCUAAACAACUCUACAAGGCUUCUAACAUGACCCAGCGCUGGCAACGCAGAGAGAUCUCAAACUUUGAGUACCUCAUCUUCCUCAACACAAUUUCUGGACGGACUUUCAACGACUUAAAUCAGUACCCCGUGUUUCCUUGGGUUAUCACCAACUAUGAUUCAGAAGAGCUGGAUUUGACACUGCCCAGUAAUUUCAGAGAUUUGUCCAAGCCCAUAGGAGCUCUCAACCCAAAGAGAGCAGCCUUCUUCUCUGAUCGCUUUGAAUCCUGGGAGGAUGACCAAGUCCCAAAGUUUCACUACGGCACCCAUUAUUCAACGUCAAGCUUCUCACUCAUGUGGCUACUGAGAAUAGAGCCUUUCACCACAUUUUUCCUGAACUUGCAAGGCGGGAAAUUUGACCAUGCAGACAGGAGUUUCUCUUCUGUGUCAAGAGCGUGGCGCAACUGCCAGAGAGACACCUCCGACGUGAAGGAAUUGAUUCCUGAAUUUUAUUAUCUUCCGGAGAUGUUUGUCAACUCUAACAAUUACAAUCUGGGAGUGAUGGAUGACGGGACAGUGGUGUCUGAUGUCGAACUUCCACCAUGGGCUAAAACCCCAGAAGAGUUUGUCCGAAUAAAUAGACUGGCCCUUGAGAGCGAGUUUGUCUCCUGCCAGCUACACCAGUGGAUAGACCUGAUUUUCGGAUACAAGCAGCAAGGUCCAGAGGCUGUCCGGGCACUCAAUGUCUUUUACUACCUAACGUAUGAAGGAACUGUUAACCUCAGUUCCAUUGGCGAUCCGGUGCUAAGAGAGGCUGUUGAAGCUCAGAUACGAAGUUUUGGACAAACCCCUUGUCAGCUGCUAAUAGAACCACAUCCCCCGAGGAGUUCUGCCAUGCAGGUGUAUCUCCUCCUGCAGACCCCAAUGAUGUUCACUGAACAAAUGCAGCAGGACGUCAUCAUGGUGCUCAAGUUUCCGUCCAACUCCCCCGUGGCUCACGUGGCCGCAAACACGCAGCCUGGGCUGGCUGCACCCGCCAUCAUCACUGUCACCGCCAACAGACUGUUUGCUAUGAACAAGUGGCACGGGCUUAGUGGCCAUCAAGGCUCUGUCCAGGACCAGCCCUACCAGCUGCCAGUGGAAAUUGAUCCUCUGAUAGCCAGCAACGUCGGUACCCACAGGAGGCAAAUCACUGACCUUUUGGACCAAAGCAUUCAGAUCCAUUCCCAGUGUUUUGUCAUCACCGCUGACAACCGAUUCAUCCUGGUCUGUGGCUUCUGGGAUAAGAGUUUCCGUGUCUAUUCCACUGACUCAGGUAAACUGACUCGGAUAGUUUUCGGACACAGAGACGUGGUAACGUGCCUGGCCAGAUCCGAAUCGUACAUCGGUGGAGACUGCUACGUUCUCUCGGGGUCCCGAGAUGCCACCCUCCUGCUCUGGUACUGGAACGGCAAGAACAACAGCAUUGGAGAAAACCCAGGCACUGAGUUCGUCACACCUAGAGCUAUUUUGACGGGACAUGACUGUGAGAUUACCUGUGCAACUGUGUGUGCUGAACUGGGCCUGGUCAUCAGUGGCUCCAAAGAGGGUCCUUGUCUGAUACAUUCUAUGAAUGGAGAUCUCCUGCGGACUCUGGAAAGCCCAGUAAACUGUGUAUGGCCGAGACUCAUCCAGUCCUCUGCUGAAGGGCACUGCGUGGUUUACUAUGAAAAGGGUCUCUUCUGCAUUUUCAGCGUGAACGGGAAGCUGCUGGGCCACAUGGAAGUGGAGGAAAAUGUCAAGGCAAUACUGUUAAGCCGUGAUGGACAGUACCUACUUUCUGGAGGAGAUGGAGGAGUGCUGACAGUCUGGCAGAUUCACAACCUUAAGCAGCUGUUCACAUACCCCGGAUGUGAUGCUGGGAUCAGGUCAAUGGCCAUGUCACAAGACCAAAGGUGUAUAAUUACCGGCAUGGCCUCCGGAAGCAUAGUACUAUUUUACAAUGACUUCAAUCGAUGGCAUCACGAAUAUCAAACAAGAUACUGAAGACUUGAAGAGAAGGGAUUGCUGGGAGCUUGAUCUUCAGUCCUGCCAUUUGUUAUUAAAGGCACUAUCUAUAUAAAUAUAUUCAAUUCCUGAAUGUAACUUAAAUACUGUCAAGAAAAAGCAAACUAUUUUUAAAUGGUUUAUUGCUAUAUUUUGUAGACCUUAAUGAAUUUCAUAUAUUAUAAAACUUAGGGCUGGGUUCUGUAGUUAUGGAAAAAAAAUGAAAAUCUAUUUUUAGCUGUAAAAGUUUAUUUUCAUCUCUGUGCAAGGAAAACAAUAAUAAUGUGGCCACUAGUUAGAAACAUAUAUUUACAUCAAUGGUCUUAAAUUGCUCAUAUUUGCUUUUUUGGGGGAAUGGGGAAUAUGUGUAGUAUGAUGGGUAAAAAAACAUGUUUGGUCACUAUUUUUCAUAAGCAUUGUGCUACUUUGACAUCUGUACAGUACUGCUACUGAUGUUACUUGGAAAAAAGCAAUAUUCUGUGAGAGUUUGAUAUACUGUACCUUUAUUACUAUGUUAUUAGAAUCAGUACUGUUCUAAUCACCAUACAAUUAGCACUAGACAAGGGAUUCCUUGAAACGCAACUUUUUACACAACUUUAUAUGCUCAAAUUGGUGAUAAAACACAAUGUUUCUUUUUUUGUUUUAACUAUCUUACAUAUCUGUGCAUGAUUUGUAUCUCAGAUGACAGUGGAUGUUAAAUGACAGCAAAUAGGUUAUUGCUUCUUAAAAAAAAAAAAAAAAAAAGGGGGCAUUCUCUUCAGUUUCAGUCUUGAGAGACCAAGCUCUUCUGCUGUAUUCACGAUGAGGAGUCGUUUGACCCAGGAGCAGGCAAGUGUCCUCCGUUAACUUGGAGUGAUGAUGCAGGCAUUCAGGCAGUCGUGUUUCAGGAGCUCUUACUGGAGUCAAGGAAUAAUAAUACAAUCAUUGGUUUUAGGGUAGCAAUCAAUCAACAAUUUGGACAAAUAAAGACUUCUCAUGAUUACACACAUUUUUUGAAAAAACUAAAUAGGUAUAACAGCUUCUUGUCGGUUUGGCAUAGCUUGUACAGGUUUAGGGGAUAUUUGUUUCAACUGAGCCACGGGGGACUAGAACAUUGCAUGUUACCCGUCUAAAUAUGUAUUCAGAAUCAACAUAUCUGCCUGCUACUCAGGGAAAUCAUAGUGAAAUACAUAGCUAUUUUGAUGCAGCAUCUCCACAGUUUACAGGAUUUCCCAUUAUUACGUAUUUAAUUAGGAUGCACACAAUUUCUUUCUUGACCAGUAUUGAAGAUUUUCAUGCUAGCUUGUUCCUGUGAUUCACAGAUUUUUGGAAUAUUUUAAGAAGCAAUGGAGUAUUUGGGGUAGCUUUGUAUUGUCUUUCUGCAAUGCCCAUGUUUAGGAUGUUGAAAAAAGAUAUAUAAUUUUUUUUUUUUUUUUGGUGAAAGGUGUGCAUCAAUGUUGGUAUGUCUGUAUCCCCAUACUGGUGAGGACUCAUUUAAAUGUUGUGAGUUAAAAUAAGGCUGAUAAACAUUCCAUCUCAGAAUUCUUUUUUGUCUUGUCUGCCCAUUGUGAGGAAAAGCUGCCUAAAGAUACAACUGCAAGAAAUUAAGGACUACUGUAUUUUUAUGUAUCACUGAAGAUUUUAGUAAUUGAUUUGGAAUGAGGUAUUUCGAUGUGUGAUGACUUUAAACAAUAAACAAUUUGUAACUGAAAGAAAAUGUGUAUUUGAGUAACAA